CAUAAUGUCACCAACCCCUCGCCCAUGUCCUCCCGGCAACCUCCCGCAGCCGCCCUCAACAACUUCCUCAAUUGAACCCACCCGCGCCCGUAAAUCCUCGACUUGCAGCCCUCCUCCAGCUCAAUUCGUCUUCUUAGCUCUGUUUUAUGGCUGAGACCUUACCUACCACCGUGCGCCGGCUCUCCGCUGCCCCGCCGCCGCCGCAGGACCUCAUCGAUGCCGCGGUCGCGACCUCGGGUCGCGUUUCGUUUGGCGGCGAGGCCAUCCCGCUCGGGGACAUGCUCACCGUCCCCGGCGGUGCGCCAGGCGCAUUAGAUCCCUCUUCCGCGAGCUCGAUGCGCCCGACCUUUGCGAGCGUGAACUCGACCAGCGCGCACGCGCACGGCGCCUCGUUCGUGUCCUACUUCACGGGCUCGGUCUCGAUUGUGUCGCAGAACCUCAUCGUCGGGCUCUCGGUCGCCGUCGUGUUUUCGAUCGUGUCGCUGACCUCGAUCCAGCACGCGUUUGCGCCAAACCCCGCGCAUCUCGCGCUUGGCGCGUGUUUGACCGCCGCGGUCUUGCUGCGGUUCGUGGUCCCCUCGCGCCUGCUGCUGCUCACCUCCGCGACCGCGUCGUCGGCCUCGGCGGCGUCGCUGACCGCGGGCUCGCGGCUACAGGUCUCGUCCGUGUUUGCCGACAAGAAGCGGUCGUUCCGCGCGCUCGCGCUGGGUUCGCUACAGGCCGUGUUUAUCUUUGCCUAUGCGAUUUCGGCCGCGCGGCAAAACAUGACCUCGAUGCACAUGAAUUACUUCUCGGUGCUGCCGCCGCUCGACACGGUCCUGCAGGUGCUGCUGCUGCGCAUCAAGGUCAAGCUCACGCUGCGCGCCGUCGUCGGCGGCGUCAUCAACUUUGUCCCGCAGGGACUCGCGCUCAUCUCGCGUGACUGGACGGUCGGGUUUGAAGCGAUCCCGAUCGCGGUCGCGCAGACGCUGUGGUCGUACAUGAUAUUUCUCGAGCAGGCCGCGACCGAGUCGACCGCGUGGCUGGCGACCGUCUACGUCGCGUUUCUUGUCUCGGUGGGAAUUCUCGUGCCGGUGAGCGGCGCGUGGGCGUUGUAUGAUUUCUACACGCCCGCUACGCCGGAUGCGAUUUUCAAAUCGCACGAUUUCGUGGUGAUGACGGUGCUUUGCUGUAUUUGCGGCGUCUUACUGCUCACGCUGUUCCUGGCGUCGGGGUUCCUGAUCAAGUGGUCGUCGAGCGCGCAUAUCGUGGUUCUCGUGUCGACGGCGUCGAGUAUCCUUAUCAUCUCCUGGUCGACCGUCUUGAAUCCGUUGUUUGUCACCGCCGGCGUCGUCCUCAGUGCUGUCGCGUGGGCUCUCUACGUCCGGUAAUCUCCCUCUCCAUCCUCUCAUCAUCCUCCAUCCUCCGACACAGCCACAUCAAUCAUCAGACAAUCUCCUUACAUUUAUCUACUCUUACUCAAAGUACAUAUUCGUGAUCUCCCAUUUUCUUUUCUCUUAUCGUCAAUAGUUUUCAGCCAUACUCCGGAUGCAUGAUCUCACAUUCUCGAAUUAUAAAUAUUCCACAUGUAUUUUUUGUCUUUUUUCUAUUCUCUAGAGAGCGGGAUCUUUCUUCCUUUCUUCUUUUCUUGUGUUUUUAGACGGUUUGGGGAUGUGUAACGCAACAAUAAAAUGAGUAAUUCACUGUAAUCUGUAAUUAAGCAAUAUCUAAUCAGAAAGCAAACU